UGAAUAGCAGGGUAAUGUUCUAUGGUAAUAGUGUAUUAUAAGUGUAGGUUCACUAAUUUGUUUUUUUUUUACGGUUUUCACGCGUUUCGUCUAUGUCCGUUUGUUUACCAAUACGACAAAGUGAAAUAUCUAUUGAUUCCCGUAUUAUAAAAACACCGUAGUCAAACGUUGUUAUUCUUAUAAAGUGUAUUCAAUUUUGUCUUAUUCGCCCGACGCCGGAUGUCCAAGUUACUUAUACCUACUAAUUUUGACAUGAAUUGCGACCGUGCAUCAAUAAAGGACAGCAGUUCGUGAUUGACGGCGAAUCGGGAAAAUAACAUCCAAAGUACGCGUGAGGUACUUACAUAUUUUUUGCUUAAUUUAUAUGUAAUUAGACUUAAAUAAAAGUACCAAAUAAGAAAUGGACAACGUUAAGAAGUACGCCGCAUGUGCGGUUGUUUCGUCUUGCAAAUUAUUGUUUGUUUUCUGACAACUCGUGUUAAAUACCAAACGAUUAAUUUGGUUUACAUUGGUUCAGUUCUCAUGUGUUGCAAUACCGAAGACUUGAUUAAAUACGCUCAUGAUUAUUUGUUAGCUUUACAUGGCAGAAAACACCUCCAUUUCCAAUAACAGUGGUAUUGUGGAAUUCAACCACCAUUUAGUCACUGAUCAAGAAACAAGGAUGAGUGGAUCUGGUGGAUCGAAUAGUGGUGGAACAUCAAUCGGUAAUCCAACUGCCAGUGUAAACACUGUCAGUGUUUUAUUACCAAGCGGUGGUGGGACCAAACGUAGAAGUGCUGUAGGCAAUAAUAGCUCUCACAAUGGUGGUUCUGCUUCGAACUCUGCAUCAAUAUCUGCUGAUUUAGCAUCACUUUUUGAAUGCCCUGUUUGUUUUGAUUAUGUGUUACCCCCGAUAUUGCAAUGCCAAAGUGGACAUUUAGUUUGUAGUACAUGUCGACCAAAACUCAACUGUUGCCCAACAUGCCGUGGUCCACUAGGAAACAUACGCAAUUUAGCCAUGGAAAAAGUAGCUUCAACAGUCAUGUUUCCCUGUAAAUAUUCAUCAUCGGGUUGCCCUGUAUCUUUAUUGCAUUCUGAAAAAGUCGAACAUGAAGAACUCUGUGAAUGUCGCCCUUACACUUGUCCAUGUCCAGGUGCUUCAUGUAAAUGGCAAGGUGGGUUAGAACAAGUCAUGGAACACUUGAUGGUUGCACAUAAAUCUAUAACAACAUUACAAGGAGAAGAUAUAGUAUUUUUAGCAACUGACAUAAAUCUUCCUGGCGCAGUGGAUUGGGUCAUGAUGCAAUCAUGUUUUGGCCAUCAUUUUAUGCUUGUACUUGAAAAGCAAGAAAAAUAUGAAGGGCAUCAACAGUUCUUUGCUAUUGUGCAAUUGAUUGGUAGCCGAAAGCAAUGUGAAAAUUUUGCAUAUAGGCUAGAACUUAAUGGACAUCGAAGGCGUUUAGCAUGGGAGGCAACACCAAGAAGUAUACAUGAAGGAGUUUCAACAGCAAUUUUGAAUUCAGACUGUUUGGUAUUCGAUACAAGUACAGCACAGCUCUUUGCGGAUAAUGGAAAUUUAGGAAUUAAUGUUACAAUAUCAACAAAUGUAUAAAGCACAUAUAUAUUUGUAUGGAAUAAUAUCCAUGAAAAAUAACAAAAUGUUUUUCUAUUAUGACUUAUUCCUAACCAACUAAUUAAAAUUUGAAUGUAAAUAAAAUAUAAAUUAAUCAACUGUGCAUUCUUGCAUCCUAGGUAGAUAACUAAUGUAUGAAUCAGUUUAUGGUGAGAAUGUGUACAUAUUUCUGAUUAUUCCAAUAAUGAAUAAAUAAUCAAUACUUGUAUAAUUUAGUUGUUGACUACAUUUGUUAAAUAAUUAGCCUGAAAGUGUAAUUUAAAGAUAUUAAUUUUUAACACUGAGUAUCUUAGUUUGUUAAUAAGACUUGAGUACAUGCAUAUAUUUCACAUAAUCUUUAAACUUGGAACUAUACAAAAUA